CUUGGUUCCAUCUUCUCACGAGGUGACCGGGCAUGUUACUCAGCCGAGGCGGUCCAGAAUACGGGCCCCUAACUCACGUAUCAUUGCCCUGUAACUGCCCGCCCCUGCCCGUACAGUACCCUAGCCGAUCGAGGAACCCUGCCGCUGGCACAGCGUUGAGGUUCCCACCAUGAAUCUCCCCCACUUCACCAACCCACAUCUUCCGCCCACAUUCUACGCUAGCCCAGCGUUUGGACAGGCCUGCCCGAGGAGGCCCAGCGUGUGUCACUUGCAGAGUCGCAGGGCAACCACCAAACAACCUCAACACUUUGACAAGCCGAGAGCCUCUUCACCAAUUCAACUACCUACUCUGCCCCUUCGAUUCCCGUCUUCAUCAGGCCCUCGAGAGACGCUCAUAUACCUUAUCCACCUUCCAGCCAACAACCUCCGAGGCGCCUCCCGCCCGUCCGCCAUGCUCCACGUGCGCGCAGUGGGAAUCUUGAGCUGUGGUACAACUUGAACCUGAACUGCCUCGACGACUUCAACCCCCGCCUGCUUGUCUCUACAACCUCACCCCCAGCCAGCAGCCAGCCAGCCAGUCAGCCCAUGGAUGCUGCCGAGAUCGUCCGCCGGGCCCUGGGCUCUAUCGCCGAACGAAGAUCUUCACAGCAACACCUACACCCACAACCACAAGCCACGCCCUCAUACUUCCCCUUUCCCACUCAACAACACGCCGCACCCAGGCCUGCCGCCCCUCGCCCCCCACGCCGCGAUGCCUCCAAUCUGGGAUACACGUUGACAGCAUGCUGCAGAUGUCGUCAGCGCAAAACCAGAUGCGGUACCUCCUUACCUCGAUGCAUGCCUUGCGAGCGCGCGGGCGCCGUUUGCGAAUACUGGGACUCGACCUUGCAAAGGAAGGUCAGCCGUUCUUACGUUGUCAAGCUACGGGACAAGCUACGCCGCCUUACCGACGAACUUGCUCAGUUCAAGACCGAUGAACCAGACCCGCAGGAUCGCCGCCAGAGUCCCGAUCUAUCCAGCAGCCUGGUGCGACCCAACGUGACCGAUGAGAUCUCUUACUGGUUUGGGCCCAGCAGUGGUGUCGGUCUCCAGCGAACGUUGAUGGAAGAGGCUAAGCGCUAUAUGGAAUCCGAGUCGUUUGCGAAUCUGUUAUCCGAGAGCGUUACCCGGCGAGUUGAUAGGGCAAACCGUAUGCAGAGCAUUUCGACAGGGCGCAAGAAGAGCUACCCCUUGAUCAGUGAGAUUCCGGUUCAGCAACUGCCAAAGCGCGCCACAGCCGACAGGCUUCUCGAGGUCUACAUUCAGAGAGCACAGAUUUGGGCGCCAAUCCUCCACGAAAAGAUCCUUGAGGAAAACGUCAACGACGUGUACGACGGCGACAAGGACCCCUACAAGAGGUUUGUGGUACACAUGGUGUUUGCCAUAGGUUUGCGCAAAUUGUCGUCGCAGUUUGCUGGUCUCGCCGACAGUUUCUACAUCGCCGCCACAGAGUACUUCUGGCAAGUCAUACAGCCGCGAGACCUCAAAUCACUACAGUGCAUCAUUUUACUGGCUCAAUACUACCUGUUGUGUCCCUACAAAGCACCUGGCUAUUAUAUUGCCGGAUUGGCGACCAAGCUUUGCCAGCAGCUUAACAUUGUCGACGAACAAACCAUUUCCUCUGGGGUUGAUGAGCAGACACUCGAUAUGCGAAGGCGACUGGCUUGGGUGACGGUUAACAACGAAUUGGGCUUGGCAUACAUCACUGGGAGACCAAACGGCUUUUCCAAGAGUCAUGAUGCGAUCAACCUCAAGUUCUUCGAAAGCCUCCCGGAUGAGAAUAUCACUGCGGAUGGCAUCGAGCCCGGGCCCGCUUGUGUGAGAAAGUUGGUAGCUAUCCACUUUUGCAAGAUGACCCUUCUGCAGGCAGAGAUACGACGAGUCUUGUAUGAGCAAACCAUGCCCAAUGUCAAUAGUGAAGAACAUUGCUGGGUUGCCAAGAUGCAGAAAAAGCUGGAGGACUGGCGGGAUUCUGCCCCUGAGAAGGCCGAGCCAUGGUGCAAAUCCUUGUUUGCAUUCUACUUCCACAACAUGAUGAUCUCUCUAUAUCGCCCAUCACCGCAAAUACCAGACCCAUCUGCUACCGCCGCCGCCAAGUGUUUUGACGCGUCCCGCGAAGUCAUUGCGAUUUCGAGCACACAAAUCAAGGCAUCGGCCGUCGACGUCACAUAUAUCUUUCUAUCGACUAUCCACACAGCUUUGAGUACUCUGCUGUGGUCCGUUUCCUACGCGGAGGUUCGAGCCGACCACUCCGCAGACGAAGUCAAGGACAUCACGGAGACUGCGCUGGAAAUAUUUGCCCAAUGCUCCGAAUUCUUGCCAGAACCACAAGCCGUUUCGGAAUUUUACGAUGUCUUGAUCUCGGUCUCGCUGCGCCGCUAUCACAUCAAGGAGGAACCAAUGACUCCUACGCCGGGUUUUCAGCACUUGCCAAACGCGAGUGGGUUUGGUCAGCCUGGCUUGCUUAAUUCCAACAACAUGUCCGAUCCAGGCAUGUUCGCAACACCGCAAGCAACACACACGCCCCAGGAUGAGGAGACACCGAUUUUCCGGGCUCCUAGCUUCCGCUAUGUCUUCGACGGCACUCCUGAGCCGGAGCCGCCAACAGAUCUCCAGAACACACCAUUCCGUCCUUCCCAACCCAUGUUCCGCUCAAACUCGAUUUUUGGAAGUCCUUCGACGGAUCCAGGCCGAAGGCUCUCUCACUGGGCCCCUGAAUCUACUACUUCCGUUAACCAUAAUGCCCCGGUAGACGCACAAGGGCCACCAACAGGACGUUUCGAACCAUCGAUAUCGCCACCGACAGACCCCUCGACUCCGAUUGCCAUGCCAGGAGCAUUCAACCCACCCACAACUCUUCCGCAAGCACCAGUACACGUCCCCGUCAACACUCUACCAAUCACGACAGAGCCUCUCACCUCCUACCACCUCGCCCCUAGCCCAGUGAUGCCCCUUCCGCAACACGCACCACCGCUAAUACCGACAACAACGGCACAACAAGCCUGGUUCAACCCCCCGCCCCCUCUCCUCUCACCGCACACCUUCUCCUCAAGCAGAGGCAGCAUCAGUAUUUCCGGAACAGCCAACGACGUCAUGCUCAACCCCGGUCUCGGCCUCUGGCUCACGCGGUUUAGCGACAAUUACUCCCUCAACCGCGGUCCACCGCCUACUUCAAACGGGUGGGGACCUGCUUGGGCUAACGCCAACAACAACAAUAGUAACAAUAACCCCAACGGUAUCGGCGCUGGUGGUGGUCUAGGCAUGGGAUCACCCUGGGGAGCUCAGCCGCCCCCGCCUCAUAGCGGUAGCAUGGGAGGAGGGCUGCCGCCAAACAACAACAGCAACAUGAACAACGUCUGGGCGACUCACUGGUCGGAUCAGAGACAGGGAAGUCUAAGCCAGGAACAGCAGGAUGAGUUGAUGGAUGUGUUGGAGACGGAGGGAAUUGCGGAGAUUGAUAUGUUUUUGAAGAUGGAGACUUCAUGAGUUGUGAAUGUGAGUGUGAGCCUAUUGGUUUGACAGUGGGUUUGGGAUAAUACCUAUCUUGGAACGAAGGGAGUUGGGCUUGAAGGGAGAACGGGUAGCGCGGACGGGCGGCAAGAUCUGAUUUGGCUGGUUGGUUGGUCGGUGUAUGGAGUCAGUUCUUUGGAUAUAUUCUGUAGCUGGAUGCAGGUAGCUGUGGUAUUUGAUACAAUGAAGAGAAUCCUGAC